GUCAAAUUUAAUGACAGCCAGUGGACGUGCGUUUUGUUUUGUUGAUAGUGCAUUAUUUUCUUAUUUGAAAGGAAUUGUAACUUUUGAUUACUUUUAACAGUUUAAGAUGCCUGUAAAGUUCUUGCAAGUAUCCGAAGAAGAAGGAGAGAGCCCCAUAGAAUUGCCCACCGAAGAAGACGGUACGCUUCUUCUCAGCACCGUAGUAGCGCAAUUUCCCGGAGCUUUGGGCUUGAAAUACAAAGCAGAUCCCGACAGUAAGGUAUACCGAGGAGUCCGGCUUUCGGAAGGAGUCCUGCACCCGCCGCCUGACGGGGGAUGGAAUUCCAAGUUAUUUAUUUGCUCAUUUCCGAAAGAAAAUAAACGUAAGAAUGAUGAUGCGGGAGAUAGUCCAGCUGCGAAAUCUAAGCGUUUGGAAAGUAAAUUGAGGUGUACUGAUUUGAUUGUGCUCGGUUUGGCAUGGAAAACGAAUGAGAAGGAGUUGAUGAAAUAUUUUACGCAAUUCGGCGACCUUUUGGUAGCCCAAAUCAAGAAAGACAACGACGGUAAUUCGAAGGGAUUCGGUUUUAUAAGAUUUGCUCAGUAUGAGUCUCAGAUGAGAGUUUUAGCACAGAGACAUAUGAUUGAUGGCAGGUGGUGUGAUGUGAAAGUACCCCGAUCUAAAGAAGGCGUUAUUAAACAACUUCCACGCAGACUAUUUGUGGGAAGAUGCACUGAAGAUAUGACGGAAGAAGAUUUGAGGGAUUAUUUCGGGAGAUUCGGAGAAGUUACUGACAUAUUCAUGCCGAAACCCUUUCGGGCCUUUUGCUUUGUUACCUUUCUAGAUCCCGAAGUUGCACAAUCUCUUUGCGGUGAAGACCACAUUAUUAAAGGAAUAUCUGUACACGUUUCGAAUGCAGCGCCCAAACACGAGCCGAAGAAAUUCGAGACCGGCAAGAGAAGAAAUGGAAGUCACAGUAACAGAGUUUGGGAUGAUGAAGAUGAUAAUGAACCUAAAAGAUUUAGUAGCAAUUCGGGUUCAAAUGAUUGGAACAAUCAAGGCCAAUCCAACAGAACAGGAAGCAAUAUGAGCAACACAGAAAUGUCUAAUCUCGGUUCUAUAAGUCAAAGGCAGCAGGGUAAUUGUAAUCCCCUUCGAACGGUUUUAAAUACUCUCGGUCAACUUCCAGUGAAUCCUGCUCUGGUGGCGGCGGCUCUCAAUCAAGCCGGUUGGGGUUUUAUGGGCGGCAACAGCACGAGCAAUCAGGAUUCGGGCUAUCAAGGGAGCUAUAGUCAAUAUAAUAAUAGCGACGAAAGCGGCAGUAAUCGGAGUAGAUCUCAGAGCAGCAGCAGUCGCAACAAUUACCCCAGUUACUCUACUGAAUCGAGUCAAUGGAGCAACCGAUCUCAGAAUUAUCAGAGUCGCAACAGAUGGUAGUAAGAGAGUGCUAUUCUUUUUAUAAAAGUAUACAUAGAUUAGUUAGGGUUUGUUACUUUUUAUUUUUAAAUACUCCAGCGUUUCUUUUCUAUUUUUGACUUACACGUUUAGCGAUAUUACACGUUUGUAAAUCUUGUAAAUGUAUAUUAUA